AAUGAGGUGCCUCAUUAUGUGUAUUUUGUGCAGUGUCUUUGAUAUUUCUUUAACCAGAAUCUGCACUUCUGAUUUUACAUACAUACCGGAUGCAGAAAAUAAAUUUGAGAAUGGUCAUUUAAUUGGAGGUUAUAAUCAAGUAAUGUCUUUAGCCGCAUGUGUGUCAAUGUGUAAGGGCAAAUGUUCAUGCACUGGAUAUCAUUCGGAAACAAAACAAUGUCGAUUACAUGUAUAUUGCAACAUCAGUGAAAUGAUACCAGGAUCAGGAUGGAAAUAUUACAAGACACAGUGGUGCAAAGAUUGUUCAGAAUUAUAUCAGAAGGGGAACAGAUAUUCCGGAGUAUAUACAAUCAACCCGUGGUCUACCAGCAGUAUUCCAACUGAAGUUUUCUGUGACAUGGGAACUUCCGGAGGCGGUUGGACGGUUAUUCAGAAACGCCUAGACGGAUCUACGAAUUUUACUCAGAACUGGGACGCUUAUAAGAGUGGUUUCGGCAAUCCUUUGAAAGAAUAUUGGAUAGGAAAUGAAGUCAUUUAUGAAUUAACAAAAGAUCGGGGCAGCUCACUGUAUGUCGCCAUUACCCUGAAAAACGGCUCCACUUUAUAUGAAGUAUAUGAAACAUUCGCCAUUUCAAAUGAAGCGGGCAAUUACAGACUUUUCCUAGACGGUCAGGCUUCUGGAACUCUGGGGAACAGCAUGACCGAGAGACCUCCAGGUGACGUCCUCAACAAUAUGAUGUUUUCGACACCUGAUAGAGACAAUGACGGGAUCCACAUACACUGCGCCGAGAGUCAUAAAGGAGGGUGGUGGUUUAACAGCUGCCACGACGCGUACCUGAACGGACCUUACGAUUCCUCGUCAUGGGAUCAACCAUGGUACCCUGUAGUGUCUAAAGGCACAGAGAUUGAGAAAACAGUGAUGAUGGUUAAAAGGAAAUCAUCGCCAUGAAGCAGAUGCAUAUCUAGUGAAAAAAAUCGCUACUCUAACUAAGUUAUAUAUCAUCAUAUUUUAUGUUCCAGAACGCUUGUGAAGUUGUAAAAAUUGUAUUUUUUUUCAAUUGUCUGUUUUGUAGAAUAAAAUAUAAUUACAGACACCUGUUUACCUUAAGGUUCACUGAUCCUCUGAUAAGAGAAACUGACAAACU